AUGGCCGGGUGGACGGCAACACAAUGGAUUCCCUGGAUGACUCUAAUCUCGACCUGGAUUGACGGGGUCGCCGCCAAUCAACCUCCAUCAAUCUGCCCCACGCCCGAUACCCUGAAACUCGGCGCCCAGCUGAUCCAGUGGCCUGUCUGCAUCGAGACACGAUGGGGACUUCAGCGCUCCGAGGUCGAUGCCGCGACUUAUAUCCUUUCCCUGACGCCCUCGGUGGCAGCAGAGGCCGCAUCGGUGACCGUGUCGGCGUCCUCUUCGAGUCAUGAGGCGGCCACGAGUCCCACCUCGGCGGACGAGCAACAACAACAACAGCAGCAGCAGCAGCAGCAGCAGCACCGGUCCGACCAGGAGCUCGACACGGAUUCUCCGCUCGACAAUGCGAAGUUCCUGUCCUUCGAAGACUGGAAGAAGCAGAAUUUGGCUAAGGUGGGACAGUCCGCGGAGAAUGUGGGCGGGAGUCGCCGUGGUGGCGUGGCCCAGGGCAAGGAGGACCGGCGACGGCCCACGGGGAUCAACAAUGCGCUGGACUCGCUAGGCGACGAUGCGGAGAUUGAGCUGGAUUUUGGGGGCUUCGGCGCAGAUACGACGCCCGAGGCUACGCGGCCCACGGCGUGGACUGCGAUGGUCUCGUCCUCCACCGAGGCGCGAGGCGAGCGGAUACCGGGGGCCGGACACGAGGCCGGCGCUGAUGGUGGACCGGCGCAGGGCAUGCCCCAGGCCGGGGUGUCUCGGUCCAAGGACGCGGGGACGACCUGCAAAGAACGGUUCAACUACGCGUCCUUUGACUGCGCGGCGACGGUGCUCAAGACAAACCCGGAGUGCAGCGGGUCGUCGUCCGUGCUCAUUGAGAACAAGGACAGCUACAUGCUGAAUGAGUGCCGGGCGAAGAACAAAUUCCUGAUCCUGGAGCUGUGCGACGACAUCCUGGUGGACACCGUCGUGCUCGCCAACUACGAGUUCUUCAGCUCCAUCUUCCACACGUUCCGGGUCAGCGUCUCGGACCGAUACCCCGCCAAAUUGGACCAGUGGCGCGAGUUGGGGGUCUACGAGGCCCGCAAUACGCGGGAGGUGCAGGCAUUUGCGGUCGAAAAUCCGCUCAUCUGGGCGCGGUAUGUGAAGAUUGAGUUUCUCACGCACUACGGGAACGAGUUCUUCUGUCCGUUGAGCUUGAUUCGUAUCCAUGGAACCACGAUGUUGGAGGAAUACAAGCAUGAUGGGGAGGCUAGUCCCGCAGAUGAUGAUGAGGAGGAGAUACCCGAAGAAUCAACGGUGCCGGCUCCUAUGGCGCCGGAUUCCGAGGCUACAGCUACGGCUGAGGAAGCGCCUACUCCAGCGACUGCUGAGCCGGUCGACACGGUGUCGACCGGCGUCUCAGAAGAUGAGGCUUGUCGCCAGUCUGGGUCGGACAUGGAUGUGCCAGAGCUGCGUGAGCUUCUGGGGCUUCUUGAUACCUGUGACGACCAAGAAGCACCAGCGACUACGUCUCCAUCUCAGGCGCAGGAUACUGUGGCUUCGGGAAAAGGCAAGGAAGCUUUGUCCGGAGAGCUAGGAGAACAAAAGGUGACGAGUGCGGCGGGAUCAACUACAACGGACUCAUCAUCAUCCUCAAUGACUGUUGCGAACUCCGAGACUGCAUCCCCUAACGUCGUAACGGAAGCGGACAACAAGUCUACUGUGCUACCAAAGGAUGAACCCAGCAGUAUAGCGGAACCGACUAGGUCGAGUAUGACCCAGCCACCGUCGGCAAACCCAACUACGCAAGAGUCCUUUUUCAAGUCAGUGCACAAACGACUUCAGAUGCUAGAGUCCAACUCCAGUCUCUCGCUUCAGUACAUCGAAGAACAAUCACGCAUCCUGCGCGACGCCUUUGAUAAGGUCGAGAAGCGGCAGCUGACGAAGACGUCGACAUUUCUGGAGGGCUUGAAUGUGACAGUGUUGAAUGAGCUGAAGCAGGUUCGAGAGCAAUACGAUCAGGUAUGGAAGAGCGUGGCGUUGGAGUUUGAGCAUCAGCGCAUUCAGUAUCACCAAGAAAUCCAUUCGCUCAGUUCGCAGCUGGGCGUGCUGGCGGACGAGCUGGUGUUCCAGAAACGCGUGGCGGUUAUCCAGAGCAUGAUGAUUCUCUUCUGCUUUGGGCUGGUACUCUUUGCGCGGGGCACCGCGAGUGGGUACAUUGAGAUUCCUCGUGUGCAGAACAUGGUCACGCGGUCGUACAGUCUGCGCUCGUCCUCGUCGCCGUCCCCUCCGUACGGCUCUCCGAUGGUGAGCCCGACGUCAACGCGUGCGACGUCUUCUUGCCGACGCACCGGCGGCCAUCGACGGAACCUGUCCGAAGACUCGCAGGACGAGCUUCUCAGCCCAACGCUGGCGUACUCGCCGCCCACGCCCGUUUCCGAUGCGCUGAGUUCGGCCGAAGAUGAGGAUCCGGAACAGCGAAGAGGGAGUACCCUGGAAUUGCCGGAGGUGGUUCCACCGACAACCCAGAUCUCUCCUAACCCACUUCCUCCACAACACACACCCACCAUCACCGCCAUGGACGCUCAACCCUUGACCGACCGCUCCACCAACACGCACUUGGGCACUGCCGAGGAGACCGGCAGGCCGAUGAACUCGAUGGAUUACCACCGCCAGAAGCUGCAGGGCAAGUUGGCCAGCGGAGAAAGUAACCAAGCCAGCUACGUGUCGCCCUCGGACGAACUCAUGAGCCCUUGCUCGAAGAAGCUGAGCGACCUGAAGGGCAAGCGUUUCAAGAAGCCCCCCAUCCUCCCCCAGCUCAACCUCAGACUGCUAACACACCACAAACAGGUCGAAGAAUUCGUCGAGAAGGAUUGCAUCCCCGCCGAGGCCGUCUUCCAGGCCCAACUGGGCCAGGGCGAGCAGCGAUGGACCACCCACCCGGCCGUCAUGGAGACCCUGAAGGCCCGCGCCCAGCAGCUCGGCCUGUGGAACAUGUUCCUGCCCAAGAACCACUUCGCCCAGGGCGCCGGCUUCUCGAAUCUGGAGUACGGGCUCAUGGCCGAGUAUUUGGGGAAGAGUCUGAUUGCUUCCGAGGCAACGAACAACGCCGCCCCGGACACGGGCAACAUGGAGGUCCUGGCCAAGUACGGCAAUGAGGCGCAGAAGCAGCAAUGGUUGACGCCGCUGCUGGAAGGCCGGAUUCGGUCUGCGUUUCUGAUGACCGAGCCGGAGGUGGCGUCGAGCGAUGCCACGAAUAUCCAGUUGAAUAUACGGAGGGAAGGGGAUGAGUAUGUCUUGAACGGAUCGAAAUGGUGGUCCUCCGGCGCCGGCGACCCCCGCUGCGCCAUCUACCUGGUGAUGGGCAAAUCCGCGCCCGACCACCCGGACCCCUACAAGCAGCAAUCCGUGAUCCUGGUGCCGGCGCACACGCCGGGGAUCACGGUGCACCGGAUGCUGACGGUGUACGGGUACGACGACGCGCCGCACGGCCACGGGCACAUCAGCUUCGAGAACGUGCGGGUGCCCGCGGCCAACCUGGUCCUGGGCGAGGGCCGCGGGUUCGAGAUCAUCCAGGGCCGGCUGGGGCCGGGCCGCAUCCACCACGCGAUGCGCACGAUCGGCGCCGCCGAGAAGGCGCUGGAGUGGCUGAUCGCGCGCAUCAACGACGACCGCAAGCAGACCUUCGGCCGGCCCCUGGCCAGCCACGGCGUCAUCCUCGAGUGGGUCGCCCGCUCGCGCAUCGAGAUCGACGCCGCCCGCCUCGUCGUCCUCAACGCCGCCAUCAAGAUCGACCUCGGCGACGCCAAGUCCGCCCUCCGCGAGAUCGCCCAGGCCAAGGUCCUCGUCCCCCAGACCGCCCUCGCCGUCAUCGACCGCGCCGUCCAGGCCUACGGCGCCGCCGGCGUCUGCCAGGAUACCCCCCUCGCGUACAUGUGGGCCCUGAUCCGGACGCUGCGCAUCGCCGACGGGCCCGACGAGGUGCAUCUGCAGCAGCUCGGGAAGCGCGAGAACCGCGACCGCAAGGCCGAGAUCCGCCAGAAGUUGGACUGGCAGCGCGGCGAGGGCGAGAGGUUGCUGAGCCAGACCGGGUUGAAGAUUAAGGGCCGGUUGUAG